UCCAUCAAAGCAAGAAAAAAAAAAAGAAAGCGCUAUAGGCCGUCUGCUUUGGGGACAGGGACGCAGCUUGCAAACCUGGGCAUGCUUUCCUUUGGCUAAAUGUUUGUUGUUAAUCUUAAAGGCUUUGUGUGACACAAGACAAGACUCAGAAAGGUCUGUUGCCAUGGUGGAUGUUUUUUCCAGCUCUUUUUUUCAGGUGAAGGGGUAGUUUUUUGUCAUCCGUGCAACAAGAGGCCAUGGACGGAUUUAUUCUUUCUAGAAAGCGCCUCAACUGAAGUUGUAGCCCUUUUGUGAUACCUCUGGCAAAAAGCAAGAUUCCAAAAUCACGCUGAGAGAAGAGCAGAAGACAUGGGCGACAACAUACCUGGAGGAAUAGUAGCUGCUGCAAAGAACCGUCUGCAGGUGGUGAAGGGUUUGGAGGAUGUGCAGGUGUCUGAGUGUGAGAGCUGCUCCUUUGACGUAACCUUGAAUCUGGCCUAUAUUGAGGGCGUGUGGACCAGAGAUGGGCUGCGGCUCAAGUCCAAGCCCACCUGUCGCAUCAGCACUCAUGGGAAGAAACACUCCCUCAUACUGAGCAGGGUGGCUUUGGGAGACGCAGGCCUGUUUUCUUUUCAGGCCCCCGGCAUUCAGACGACAGCCAGACUCACUGUCACAGCUAGGGACAUCCACAUAGUGACAGAGCUGGAGGAUGUUGACACGGUGGAGCGCCAACCUGUAAACUUCGUCUGUGAGGUCAACCAAGUGGAUUUGGAGGGUCGGUGGUACAGAGAUGACAGCCGAAUUCGACCUGGGGACAACAUCAAGAUCAGACACCAGGGUAAAACUCACACCCUGUGCUUCAAGUCAGUCAGGCCAGAGCACGCUGGAGAGAUCAGAUUCACUGCAGAGCGUGUCUCAUCUUAUGCAACUCUCACAGUAAAAGAGCUCCCAGUCCAAAUAGUGCGUCCUCUGAGGGUCAAAAUAGCCAUGUAUCGCCACCGGGGUCUGCUGGAGUGCCAGGUGUCUCGACCUAAUGCUCAGGUCACGUGGUACAAGAACAGGAAGGAGCUCGUGCCCAAUAAGAAGUACCAGAUGAUCAGCCAAGAUGUCUACAGGCAGCUGACCAUCGAUGACAUCUGCUCCUCAGAUGAGGACACCUAUACCUGUGAUGCAGGAGAUGACAACACCUCCUGUCAGCUUUUGGUGGAGGAGCAGGCUAUCAGCAUAGUGCGGGGGAUGAGCUCAGUGGAGGUGACGGAGCCAGAGCCAGCGCUGUUUCAAGUGGAGACCAGCCUGAAAUCAGGGAGGCCCCCCCGCUGGACCCUGAACGGUGAGGUGCUGGAGCCUUGCGCAGCAGUGAACAUCGACAGGCAGGGCACCCUCCACAGCCUCUGCUUCACCUACACAGAAAGCUCCAUGUCUGGCCCCGUGCUCUUUGUGGCUGGGAAGAGUCGUUCCACUGCUCAGCUUACUGUCAGAGAGCGGCCUCUUCAAGUUGCCCACCACUUGGAAAAUGCAGAGGCGAAGGAGAACAGCUCUGUGACUCUGAGCUGUGCGUUUGUGCCCUCGCCCAGGGUGGUGAGGUGGUUUAAAGGUCGUACGGCUCUGAAGACCAACAACAAGUACAGCAUGAAGAGAGAAGGGAAACGAGCACAGCUGACCAUUCAUGGUUUGUCAGCCAUGGAUGCAGGACAGUAUCGCUGCAUGGCCGGGGGUGCACAGAGCACAGCACAUGUUAAGGUAGAAGUGCGGACGCUGAAGUUGGUAAAACACUUAGAGCCAGUGGAAAUUGAGGAGGAUAGCAUUGCCAGGUUCACAUGUGAGCUCAACUACGUGGUUGCCAAUGUGGAGUGGCUUCUCAACAAUGUUCGCCUCUAUUGCAAUGCCAUCAACAGGAUCCAGCACAUGGGCACUAUGCACAGCCUCACAAUUAAGAAUCCGCGACCACAGGAGAGCAGGGUCACCUUCAAAGCCGGCCUUCUCUCUGAGACAACCAUCUUAAAAGUCAAAGAGCAUCCAGCAGUGUUCCUGAGGUCUCUGGAGGAUGUAGUGGGAGAAGAGCAAGGGGAGGUCUGCCUGCAGUGUGAGAUUUCCAAAGAGAAAGUGACCCCUGUUUGGAGGAAGGAUGGCGAGAUCCUGACCACUGAUGAUAAACAUGAGUUACUCCAGUCUGGGAAGUCCAUGGCACUGAUCAUCCAUUCCCUGAGCAAAGAUGAUGCUGGACACUACACCUGUGACCUGGGCACCAGCCAGACCAAGGCUAAAGUUACUGUGCAUGACUUACGCAUCACUAUUGUUCAUCGUAUAAAGAUAACAUCAGUCCAAGAAGGCGAAUGCUGCACUUUUGAUUGUCAACUCUCUCACGAUCUCGAUGACGAGCCUUCCUGGACCAUCAAUGGCCAGCUGGUUGUCACCAAUAGCCGUAUCCAGGUUAUCAACAAUGGCCGCCACUAUAAGAUGACCAUUAGAGAUGCUUUACUGACUGAUGCUGGAGAUGUGGUCUUCACAAUUAAAGACCUAAGCUGUAGGACCAUGCUCUUUGUUAAAGAGAAGCCGGUGCACAUCUUCAGGGAGCUGCUGAACACUAAGGUGGUGCCAGGUGAAGACGCAGAGCUGAGCUGUGAGAUCACCAAACCAGAGGUCCUGAUCCGUUGGCUGAAAAAUGGCCGUUUGAUCAGGCCAAGCCCCAAGUAUGUGAUGAGUGUAGAGAAGAACCUGGCGCGACUGGUGAUCAAGAAUUCCACCAUCAGAGACUCUGGAGAGUACUGCUGUGAGGCCGAUGGCAUUGCCUCACGUGCCAAGCUGGAGAUCAGAGAGCUCCAGCACACAUUUGCGAGGGAGUUAAGGGACACGCGGGCAGAGGAAAAGGGUAAAGUGACCCUGGAGUGUGAGACCAGGCGGCCAGCCAAGCGAGUGACCUGGCUGAAGGGCAUGGUGGAGCUGAGGUCCGGUAGGAAGUAUGUCAUCAGGCAGAAGGGUGUGGUGCUAUCCCUGACCAUCACCUGUCUGGACAAGUCGGACACAGAUAUUUACAUUUGUGAUGUAGGUACCAUGCAGAGCCGGGCACAGCUGACGGUGCAGGGUCAGAGAGUUUUGAUCCUGGAUGAAUUAGAGGAUGUCGAGUGUCUAGAGGGCGACACGGUCACAUUCAGGUGUCGAAUUUGUCCCAGUGACUACACUGGGGUAAAAUGGUAUCUGGACGAGACUCUGUUGUACACCAAUGAGCUCAAUGAGAUCCAGAUGGUGCCCGGAGGCUACCACACCCUCACAUUUAGACAGCUCGCCCGCAAAGACACUGGCACUAUCUCAUUUUCAGCGGGGGACAAAAGAUCGUACGCCUCACUGUUGGUUAGAGAGAGGCGUCCUACCAUAAUUAAAGCACUGGAAGACUGCGAGGCUAUUGAAGGGGGUGGUUUGGUUUUGUCUUGCGUGGCCUCCAAGCCAUGUCACAUCCUGUGGUACAAAGAUGGCUGCCUGAUGUGGAACUCCUCGAGGUAUUUUGCCAGUCGUUCCGGCUGUGAGGCCCGGCUGACGAUUCGGGAGGUCAGCAACAACGAUGCUGGAGUGUAUGAGUGCAGUGCUGGAUCUGUUACCACGAGGGCCGUUGUGACUGUCAGAGCCAUCCCAGCAGAGUUCAUCCAGGUUCUUAAGUCCUUGGAGGCCAAAGAGGGGGAGACCGUCACCCUGACCUGUGAAUACUCUCUGCCUGGGGUCCAGUGCCACUGGAAGAGAGGUUUCGAGAGUAUCAGGCCUGGAGACAGAUACCUGAUUAAACAGAGGAAGACGAUCAAUUCUCUGACCAUCAAAGCUCUGAAGCCUCUUGACUCAGGAGAAUAUACCUGCCAGUGCAGAGAUCACCACACUACAGCAAGCCUCAAAGUACACGCUAUUCCCAUAACAUUUAUACAGAAGUUAAAGAAUAUGCAAGCAGAGGAGGGAAGCAAUGUCCUACUGCGCUGUGAGCUGUCCAAACCUGGAAUUCCAGCUGAAUGGAGGAAGGAACACGAGCUGUUGAAGAAUGGAGUGAAAUACCAGAUAAGGAAAAGAGAGACCACUCUGGAGCUUCUGAUCUGGAAGCCUGUUCCAGAGGACAGUGGGGUCUACAGCUGUGCCUGUGCUGAUCAGAUAACAUCUGCCACUAUCAAAAUCACUGCUCUCCCAGUCACCUUCAAGCAGAAGCUGAGGAAUGUGCUCAUUGAGGAAGGCAGCACUGCGGCUCUACGCUGCGAGCUGUCGAAGCCUGGGUACAGUGUGGAGUGGAGGAAGAGCGGGGAUGAACUCAUCAGGAAUGGAGAGAAAUAUCACAUACGACAAAGAGACGGGCUGAUUGAACUGAGGAUCCUUGAUGUUACACCUGAGGACAGCGACAUCUACACAUGCAUCUGUGGAGACAUAGAGACCACUGCAACUCUGACUGUUAAUGCUCUUCCCAUCACCUUCAAACAAAAGCUGAAGAACGUCCAAGUGGAGGAAGGACACAACAUCACACUGUACUGUGAGAUCUCUAAAGCGGGUGUCCCUGUGGAGUGGAGGCUUGGAGGAGAUCUGCUGGAGAAUGGAGAGAAAUACCAGAUUAAGCAAAGGGCCUCAGCCCUGGAGUUGAUCAUCAGAGAUGCUGAACCAGACGACAGCGGGGUCUACACCUGUGUAUGUAGAGAGCAGAAGACAAAGGCCACUGUUAAAGUUAUCGCUGUUCCCACCACAUUUAAAGUUAGCCUGAAGGGCCAGGAGGCUGAAGAAGGGAAGAGUGUGACUUUACGCUGUGAGCUGUCAAAGAAGGGAGUCCAGGUGCAGUGGCAGAGAGACGCUCAGGUGCUGUCUGAGUUUACGUACCGAGGGAAGUAUCUGAUCAAACUAGAAGGAAAGACAGCUGAGAUGACCAUUGUCAACGUCCAACCUGAGGAUGCUGGGAGGUACAGCUGCAUCACAGGAGAUGAGAAAACCACAGCCGAAGUUAAAGUGAAACCACUUCCUGUGACAUUCAAACGAGAGAUCCAGCGCAUGGUGGUGAAGGAAGGGGACAGUGGCGUUUUCAGCUGCGAGCUCUCCAAACCUGGAGCUCCUGUGGAGUGGAGGAAAGGCAGGACGAUCCUGAAGCCUGGAAACAAAUACGAGAUGAAGCUGGAGGGACCUUUCGCUAAACUUGUCAUCAAUGACGUGGAGGAGAGUGAUGGUGGCAAAUAUACCUGCAAGACCAAAGACAGCCAAUCAACUGCUGAGCUCAUUGUCCAAGAUUUGCCAGCAAGUUUCAAGAUGCCACUAGUUAACCAGGAGGCAACGGAGGGCAACAGUGUGGUUCUGCGCUGUGAGCUCAACAAACCUGCCCCUUCAGUUGAGUGGAGGAGAGGAUCAGAGCUGCUGAAAAAUGGAGACAAAUACCAGAUGAGGAAGAAGGACCUGCAGGUGGAGAUGAAGAUUACGGAGCUCAGUCUGGACGACACUGGAGAUUAUACCUGUAUAUGUGGAGAACACAGUACACAAGCUAGGAUCACUGUGAAUGAGCGGCCCAUCAAAUUCCUUCAAGAACUGAAGAAUAUUCAGGUCCAAGAAGGCAACGGAGUGACACUCUGCUGUGAGCUCUCCAAACCUGACACUCCAGUGCAGUGGAAGAAGGGAGACAAAGUGUUGACCAACGGAGAGAAAUACCAGAUGAAGCAGAGCGGCUCCAAGGUGGAGCUCCUCAUCAGGAAAAGCCAGCCUGAGGACAGUGGCUCAUACAGCUGUGUUUGUGAGGACGUAAAAACUACUGCCACCAUCAUCAUCACUGGGAUCCCAAUAACUUUCAAGCAAAAGUUGAGGAACCAGGAAGCUGUGGAGGAAGGCAACGUGACGCUGCGCUGUGAGCUUUCUAAAGCAGGAGUCCCAGUGGAGUGGAGGAAAGAUGCUCAACUUCUGAUGGAGGGAGAAAAAUAUCAGAUGAAGCAAGAAGGCAGGACAGCUGAGAUGCUGAUCAGAAAUUUAACUCUUAAAGAUUUGGGGGAGUACAGCUGUUUUGUUGGCACUGUUGUGACUUCCGCUGACAUCAAAGUAAGAGCACUUCCUGUUACAUUUAAACAAGAGCUGGAGAAAUUGGAGGUGAAGGAAGGGGACAGUGGAGUUUUCUCCUGCGAGCUCUCCAAACCUGGAGCUCCAGUGGACUGGAGGAAAGGAAGAGUCAUCCUCAAACCUGGAUACAAAUAUGAGAUGAAACAGGAGGGACGUUUCACUAAACUGAUCAUCAACAACGUGGAGGAGAGUGAUGCUGGGAAAUACACCUGCAAGACGAAUGACACCCAGUCAACUGCGGAGCUCAUCGUCAAAGCUCCUCCCAUCACUUUCAAGACAAAGUUAAGGAACCAGCAGGUGGAGGAGGAGAACAGCGUGACGUUGAACUGCGAGCUGUCUAAACCCGGCCUCCCUGUGGAGUGGAGGAAAGGACAAGAGCUGCUGAAGAGCAAUUUCAAAUACCAGAUUAAAAAUCGAAACAGCAGCAUGGAGCUCACCAUCAAGAACGCACAGCUGGAGGACAGCGGACUGUACAGCUGUAUCUAUGGUGACACCAAGACAACAGCCAACAUCACCAUUACACCUAUCCCCCUCACCUUUAAAAUGGGUCUGAAGAACCAGGAGGCCCCUGAGGGAGGCAACGUGUCCCUUCGCUGCGAGCUGUCCAGGGCCGGGGUGCCUGUGCAGUGGUGGAGGGGGGAGGACCAGAUCUAUCAGGGGGGACGGUAUCAGAUGACGCUGAAGGGGAAAACAGCUGAGAUGAACAUAAGAAACAUCCAGCCUGAGGAUGUCGGGGAGUACAGCUGCAUCGUGGGAGAGCAGAAGACGACGGCUGAGGUCAACGUCAGAGCGGCAGCAUCUGUGUUCUUUGAGAAGGAACUGGAAAGCCAAGCGGUGAUGGAGGGCAAAUCUGUGCUGCUGUCCUGUGAAGUCUCCAGUGCUAAUGUCCCUGUCACCUGGAAGAAGGACAACACUGUGAUUGAAGAAGGAGGGCGAUGCAUUUUAAAGAAGAAAGGACCAACACACAGCCUGGAGAUCAAGAAACUGCAUCUGGAGGAUGCUGGAGAGUACUGCUGUAUCACCAGGGGCAAGAAGACCACGGCCAAGCUGAUCGUGAGGGAGCGCGUGCGGAUCGUUACAGAGCUGCAGGGUAUAACGGUGACAGCGGGUGAGGACGCGGUGUUUGUGUGUGAGCUGAGCCACGCAGACGUGAGUGAGGGUGUCUGGUGGCUUGGCUCCAGCCCUCUGCAGAAGAAUGAGAUGAACCAGAUGAUGUGCCACGGUCGCGAACAGCGGCUGGUCCUCACUAUGACAACACCUGAGGAGACCGGCAUCGUGGCAUUUGUGAUUGGGGAGGAGAGGACCUCUGCACGUCUGCUAGUUGUUCCUAAGGCCAGAGUUUUAUUUGAGGAGAAGCCUAAAGACGUUGUGAUCAUGGAAGGAGAGACAGCCACUCUGUCCUGCACAAUCUCUGAUUUUACCUCCCUGGUUACCUGGAGGCGUAACCACAUCCCCCUCCGAAAUGGUGAUAAAUAUGAGAUACGUAAGGAGGGAAAAGUCAACCUAUUGCUAAUACAUGAUGUGGAUCCCUUGGAUACUGGCACAUACUGCUGUGAUACAGGAGACGUGCAGAGCAGUGCCAAACUUACUGUAACAGAGCUCCCUCCAUUCUUCCAAGAAGAACUGCAAAGCGUGGAAGUUGAGGAGGGAGGUUCAGCUGCUCUGUACUGUGAGCUGUCUAAACUUGGAGUGCCAAUUCAAUGGAAGAAGAAAGGGCUGCCACUAAGAGCCAGCCGAAAGUACGAGAUCAGGCAAGAUGGCUGUCUCCUCCAGCUGCACAUCAAGGAUCUCAAACUUGAGGACAGCGGCAGCUACUUGUGUCAAGCAGGGAGUGCAGAGACCACUGCUACUGUGACAGUGAAAGAGCUCCCACCAUUCUUCAAGAAAGAGUUACGAAGUGUGGAGGCUGAAGAGGGAGGUACAGCCUCUCUGUGCUGUGAGCUGUCUAAAGCUGGAGUGUCAGUGCAAUGGAAGAAGAACAGACUACCUCUCAAAGCCAGCAGAAAGUACGAGAUAAAACAAGAUGGCUGCCUCCUGCAGCUCCACAUCAACGAGCUCAAACCUGAAGACAGGGGGAGCUACACAUGUCAAGCAGGAAGUGCGGAGGCCACUGCAACUGUGUCAGUGAAAGAGCUCCCACCAUUUUUCAAAGAAGAACUGCAAAGCGUGAAGGUUAAUGAAGGAGGUACAGCCUCCCUGUGUUGUGAGGUGUCUAAGCCUGGAGUGUCAGUGCAAUGGAAGAAGAACAAGCUGCCACUUAGAGCCAGUAGGAAGUAUGAGAUGAAGCAAGAUGGCUGCCUCCUCCAGCUGCACAUCAAGGAGCUCCAACCUGAGGACAGUGGCAGCUACACAUGUCAAGCAGGAUGUGUAGAGACCACUGCUACUGUGACAGUGAAAGAAGUCCCACCAUUUUUCAAAGAAGAAUUGCAGAAUGUUAAGGUGGAGGAGGGAGCAACAACCUCCCUUUGCUGUGAGCUGUCUAAGCCUGGAGUGUCAGUACAAUGGAAGAAGAACAGGCUGCCACUCAGAGCGAGCAGCAAGUAUGAGAUGAAACAAGAUGGCUGCCUUCUCCAGCUGCACAUCAAGGAUCUCAAACCUGAGGAUAGCGGCUGCUACUCGUGUCAGGCAGGAAGUGCAGAGACCACCGCUACUGUGACAGUGAAAGAGCUUCCUCCAUUCUUCAAGGAAGACUUGGAAAGUCUGGAGGUUGAUGAGGGAGGUACAGCCACCCUUUGCUGUGAGCUGUCUAAGCCUGGACUGUCAGUUCAAUGGAAUAAGAACAAGCUGCCACUGAGAGCUAACAGGAAGUACAUCAUGAAGCAAGAUGGCUGCCUCCUCCAGCUGCACAUCAAGGAUCUCAAACCAGAGGACAGCGGCAUCUACUCGUGUGAAGCAGGAAGUGCGGAGACCACUGCUACAGUGACAGUGAAAGAACUCGUACCAUUCUUCAAGGAAGACUUAAUAAGUGUGGAAGCUGAGGAGGGAGGUUCAGCCUCUCUGUGCUGUGAGCUGUCUAAGCCUGGACUGUCAGUUCAAUGGAGUAAGAACAAACUGCCACUGAGAGCUAACAGGAAGUACAUCAUGAAGCAAGAUGGCUGCCUCCUCCAGCUGCACAUCAAGGAGCUCAAACCAGAGGACAGUGGCUGCUACUCGUGUGAAGCAGGAAGAGCAGAGACCACUGCAACUGUGACAGUGAAAGAGCUUGCACCAUUCUUCAAGGAAGACUUAGUAAGUGUGGAGGCUGAGGAGGGAGGCUCAGCCUCUCUGUGUUGUGAGCUGUCUAAAGCUGGAGUGUUCGUGCAAUGGAGUAAGAACAAGCUGCCACUGAGAGCUAACAGGAAGUAUGAGAUGAAACAAGAUGGCUGCCUCCUCCAGCUGCACAUCAAGGAUCUCAAACCUGAGGACAGCGGCAGCUACUCGUGUCAGGCAGGAAGUGCAGAGACCACUGCAGCUGUGACAGUGAAAGAGCUUGCACCAUUCUUCAAGGAGGACUUAGUAAGUGUGGAGGCUGAGGAGGGAGGUUCAGCCUCUUUGUGCUGUGAGGUGUCUAAAGCUGGAGUGUCAGUGCAAUGGAGUAAGAACAAGCUACCACUGAGAGCUAACAGAAAGUAUGAGAUGAAACAAGAUGGCUGCCUCCUCCAGCUGCACAUCAAGGAGCUCAAACCUGAGGACAGCGGCAGCUACUCGUGUCAGGCAGGAAGUGCAGAGACCACUGCAGCUGUGACAGUGAAAGAGCUUGCACCAUUCUUCAAGGAGGACUUAGUAAGUAUGGAGGCUGAGGAGGGAGGUACAGCCUCUCUGUGCUGUGAGCUGUCUAAGCCUGGAGUGUCAGUGCAAUGGAAGAAAAACAGGCUGCCACUUAGAGCCAGCAGCAAGUACGAGAUAAAACAAGAUGGCUGCCUCUUCCAGCUGCACAUCAAGGAUCUCCAGCCUGAGGACAGUGGCAGCUACACAUGUCAAGCAAGAUGUGUAGAGACCACUGCUACUGUGACAGUGAAAGAGCUCCCACCAUAUUUCAUGGAAGACUUACAAAGUGUGGAGGCUGAGGAGGGAGCAACAACCUCCCUAUGCUGUCAGCUGUCGAAGCCUGGAGUGUCAGUGCAAUGGAAGAAGAACAGGCUGCCACUGAGAGCUAACAGGAAAUAUGAGAUGAAACAAGAUGGCUGCCUCCUCCAGCUGCACAUCAAGGAUCUCAAACCUGAGGACAGUGGCAGCUAUUCGUGUCAAGCAGGAAGUGCAGAGACCACUGCAACUGUGACAGUGAAAGAGCUCCCACCAUUCUUCAAGGAAGGCUUACAAAGUGUGGAGGCUCAGGAGGGAGAUACAGCCUCUCUGUGCUGUGAGCUGUCUAAGCCUGGAGUGUCAGUGCAAUGGAAGAAGAACAAGCUGCCACUGAGAGCUAACAGGAAGUAUGAGAUUAAGCAAGAUGGCUGCCUCCUCCAGCUGCACAUAAAGGAGCUCAAACCUGAGGACAGCGGCAGCUACACAUGUCAAGCAGGACGUAUAGAGACCACGACAACUGUGGCAGUGAAAGAGCUCCCACCAUUCUUCAAGAAAGACCUACUAAGUGUGGAGGCUGAGGAGGGAGCUACAGCCUCUCUGUGCUGUGAGCUUUCUAAAGCUGGAGUGUCAGUGCAAUGGAAGAAGAACAAGCUGCCCCUGAGAGCUAACAGGAAGUAUGAGAUGAAGCAAGAUGGCUGCCUCCUCCAGCUGCACAUCAAGGAUCUCAAACCUGAGGACAGUGGCAGCUACACAUGUCAUGCAGGAAGUGCAGAGACCACUGCAGCUGUGACAGUGAAAGAGCUUCCAGCAUUCUUCAAGGAGGACUUAGAAAGUGUGGAGGUGAAAGAGGGAGGUACAGCCUCUCUGUGCUGUGAGCUGUCUAAGCCUGGAUUGUCAGUGCAAUGGAAGAAGAACGGGAUUCCACUAAAAGCAGGCAACAAGUACGAGAUAAAGCAGGGUGGCUGCCUGCUUCAGCUGUACAUCAAGGAUCUCAAAGUGGAGGACAGCGGCAGCUACACAUGUCAGGCAGGAAGUGCAGAGACCACUGCUACUGUGACAGUGAAAGCACUAGAACCAGCUCCACCAAAGGCAGAGCCUCCCACAAUUCUGCCUCGGGCAAAGGGCCCCGUCUCCAAACCAACUCCUGCGCCAGAAAGCCAGAAGCCUGGACUCCCAGAAGCCAAACCUGUUCCUCCAGAGCCCAAAAAGAGAGCUCACAGGAAAGCAUCAAUUGCAAGUUUAGAAAAAGAUGUGGAGCCAAUGUUUGACCUAAAACAGGGCAUCCAACCUGCGAGAUCUAUGGAGAAAGACCUUGAUGUUGCACAGAACAUAAUACAACUGGAAAGGCAUGUGGAGAAAGAUAAUGAGUUGAACAAGAAAGUUGACAAGACAGUGAGACCACUGGAGAAAGAUAAUAGGGUUGACAGGGAGGUGGAAGAGCCAGCAAGACCUUUGGAAACAGAGAAAGAUGUUCUCAUGGAGAGGAGACAACCAGGAAGGAAUACAGAGAAAUUAGUCCAGGUUGACCAUAAUGCAAGUGAAACAGACAAAGUUGUUGGAGACACUGUGUUUGAACAAAAGAAAAGGAAGGAUGAAGUUGAACAGAGAUUAAAACAAGCAGUGAAACCUUCAGAGAGAACAAGUGAAGUUGAGAGGAAUGAAAGCCAUCCAGAAAAAGUCCAGUGGGAGAAGAGUGAGGAUGAAAAACCGUCUGUGAAACCAUUAGAAAAGUUUAUCGGGAGUAAAACAAUAAAUGACCAAGAAGAGAAGUUUAUAGUAAAGGAAGGCAAAGUAGAGGAAGAAGAACCUUUUAAACCACCAGUAAGAUCUAAAGGAAAAGUAACAGGGACAAAGGAACCACCUCAGUAUGUUCCAAAGAAAACUGAGGAGAUCAUUGUCCAAACAGUAAAGCCUACUGUAAAUGAAUUUGAAGAAGACAACAGACAGAGAGACCAUGUGAAACAGCAGGUGUCCAUGGAGGCAGAGAAUGAGAUAAAGCCACUGAAACCAGUCACCUCUGUAAAUAAACUGGACAAACAACCUUUAGAAAAAGAGGCUGAAUUUGCCCCUCCAAAACCACCUGCGAGGGUGAAAAGUAGAGCAAAGGGAGGAAUGGAAAGGCAGUCAUCAAGGGACACAGAGACAGAUCAAGAUGAUCAACAGGUGACAAGAGUUGUGGUGAAAACAAAGGAGGAUCAGCCAGUUAAACCGUCAAUAACUUCUUUGGUAAAAGAGGUUGAAGAGAAGCCAAGGUCCGAGAGGAAACAAUCAGUAACAACAGAUUCUGAGACUGCUGAGAAAAUAAGGCAACCUGUGAAAGCUGCAGAGAAGGAUGCAAUCGCCAAACAGCCGAUCAAGCAACCAGUCAAACCCAUGAGAAAAGAACCUGAAGUGGACCAGGAAAUAAAACUGGCAGUCGAGCCAAUGAUAAGAGAAGAAGCACAAACAGUAAAGAUGGCGGAAGACAUUCCUCUCCUCUACAUUUCUGAAGAUGAAACUUUCUCAGAAGCUUUGACUGAGAUACCACUGAACCACAACGAUGUGCAGCCCCCUGGCUUUUUUGUGGAGGAGUCAACCCAACCUGCUGCUCUUCCUUCAGUUAAUGUAUCCCAGAAGGCACAACCACCAAAUGAAGCUGCACCGGAGAUUGAUAUUGACCUUGAAGAUGAACCACAAUUGCAAGAGGCUGCCAUCAAGAUCCAAGCUGCCUUCAAAGGCUACAAAACCCGCAAAGGCAUGCGACCCGUCUUCAAAGAGGUGUUUAAGAACCAGAGUGCAGAUCUUCAUGGUACAAUAACACUAGUGUGUGUUGUAGAAGGAAAACCCAGCUCAGUGCGCUGGCUGAAAAACGGCCAACAAAUCACAAAUGACUAUCGAUGCCGUAUCGAGACUACAGAGAAUGGCGUGUGCACACUGGUGAUCAAAAACCUGACCACCAGUGACAGUGGAAUCUAUACCUGCGAGGUGGUGAAUAAGUUUGGUGUUACCUCCUACAAUGGAAACAUAACAGUAGUACAGCCUCAGAAGCCUGCUCCAGUGGUCCAGAAGCCUAUACACCCACCGCUUGCUGCCAUUACUCCUCUGCAACUCGCCCCACAAAAGCCUGAGGAAGAAACACAGACCCAGGAUCUGCCUCAGACUCAAACCCAGACACCUCCUUCAGCUGCAGAUGCUGAGAACUACGUAGAAAAUGUGAGUGUCUCUCUAUGGGAGGCCUACAACCUGACGGAGCAGGACGCUCAGGCGAGGCUGCAAGAGAGGAGAGGGUCUUCACUCAUUGCUGCCAGCUCCAUGUCGAGUCCCUCGGAUUAUGAAACAGCUCCUGACAUAAUGGAACCUGUUGAGACUGGUCCAACUGUACCAAGGGUAGAGACAAAAGCAGUGGACCAAGUUCCUCCAGAAGUUGAAGAACAACCUCCAGAGCCAACUAAGACACUACUGAAGGUCAAAGCAGCUCAUGAAGGUAGAAUGAGGACACCAUCUCCCAAGCACCACCGCGCUCACACACCCUUAACGAGUACCGUCUCUGGAUCAGAGUCAGAGGGAGAGGAGGAUAGACGAGAGACAUUUGAAAUGUAUGUGGCUCGAGCUGAUUGCAGUCCGGACAGCGGAAACAAGGACAGUUUUGUUCUGAAGGAGGGCCAGUUCGUAGAGGUCCUGGACUCGGUUCAUCCUGACAAAUGGCUGGUGAGGACCAAACCCACCAAAACCAACCCUGCUCGACAGGGAUGGGUGUGUCCAGCCUAUUUUGAGAAGAAGAGGAAGGAGACCUUCCCUCAACUGAGAGCACCUCAAGAGGAUCUUGAUGGCAUUGGGUCCACGGGAGAAGAAUACAGGAGAGCUCUGAGCCAACUGAUCCAAGGCAUGAUUGAUGGAGAGGAGGAGUUUGUAAAGGAGAUGAAGAUGUUCACCUCUCACCAGCUGAAUUAUUUGGAGUCUAGCCGCCACGUCCCCAUCAACAUCCUCAACCAGAAGGAGAUCAUUUUCAGGAAUAUCAAGGACAUUGUGUCGCUGCAUGAGAGGUUGAUCCUUCCCGGGCUGAAAGAGUGUGCAACAGACGACGAUGUGGCUAUGCAUCUGAUCAAGCACACUGAGGACUUUGAGAAGUAUCUUCACUACUUGGUGGGACAAGCACAAGCAGAGGCCUGUGUCACUGACAAGGCUGUCCAGCAGUAUUUCAAAGAGUUACUAGAGUCUGGUAAAUCUGAUGCUCCUGCCAUGGAUGUCCUUACUUUCCUUCAGCGCCCAGUGGAGAGAAUUCAAACCUACCAGGCUUUACUGAAGGAGUUCAUCAAGAACAAAGCCAAAAGUGGACAGAGCUGCUGUCUUUUGGAGGAUGCCUUCUCCAUGGUGUCCUGUCUACCCUGGAGGUCUGACAAUCUGCACCAGGUGUCCCUCAUCGAGAAUUAUCCAGCUCCUCUGAUUGCCCUGGGCGAACCCGUGCGACAGGGAGUCUUCACAGUUUGGGAGGAAUCGCCAGAAAUUAAAACGGCCUCUAGAGGGCAUCAGAGACAAGUCUUUCUCUUCAAGGAAUGUAUCGUACUGUGUAAACUGAAAAGAGACACCAAUAUGAACAGUGACACCUUCAGCUUCAAGAACAAAAUGAAGCUGAUGGAUGUGGAAAUAAAGGAGACUCUGGGUGGAGAUGAGAAGUCUUGGGGGUUGUGGCAUGAGCACAGGGGCUCAGUACGGAGGUACACACUGCAGGGACGCUCCACCCUGGUGAAACUGUCCUGGCUCAAGGAUCUGAAGGAGCUACAGCAACGUUUUAGCCUGCCCACCAACAGCCCACCGGUGUUUGCGUCACUGUUGUGUGACUGCACAGCAAAGAUUGGACAGACGAUCAAACUGACCUGCAAGGUCACAGGAUCACCAAAACCAACGAUCAGCUGGCUCAAAGAUGGCCUUCCUUUAGAAGACGAUCCUCGUCACAUCAUCACAGAGGACCGGUCAGGCACCUGCUGUCUCAUCCUAGACAGCCUCACUGCAGAGGACUCUGGACAGUAUGCUUGUUACGCUACCAGCUGUAUGGGCAGUGCUGGUACUCUGGCCAAGGUUGUGGUGCACGCUUCACCCAGAUUUGUGAGUCGGCUGGAGAGUGCCUGUCUGAUAGAAGGCGAGGAUAUACAGUUCACCUGCUCCACACUUACUGCUCCUUUACCACGUAUCAGGUGGUUGAAAGAUGGCAGAGAGCUGACUGACCAGCAGAAAUACCUAAUCCAAAAUGAUGCUCGGAGUGGCAUCUUGUGUCUGACGGUCACCAGGGCAACAGAGGCAGAUAUUGGACAGUAUGAGUGUGAGCUUUGGAAUGAGUUUGGCUGCGUCAAGUGUAAGGCCGGGCUGUGCCCUGCUUACGUGCCACCAAUCGAGGACGACCAACCGCAGGACUUACCUCCUAAAGGUAGGACAGCCAGAGCUACUGAAGGUAAAUAUCCUCCACACAGGGUAGAAACCCAUGACAGGGUUUUCAUGUGGAUGCUCCAAAUCUUUGCCAGUUCAGCCGUGUUUGAGAGAGCAAUGAAGCACAUGCCAUUGUCCAGUUUUACUUCAGUUCACCUCACAUCUGAUCCUGUCAUCCUCUCCUCACUUUCCAACAAACUGCAACAAUUUCCACUUUCAACCACUACCAUUCAUCCAUUCUAUCCAGUGGAUGCCAUUUUGAGAUUGUACUCACAUUUUACUUUUUUCAUUUCACACACACUCACAUCAUAUGUAGUUCCAACUACCAUACCAGCUGUCACUCAAAUAUAUUUGAAGAAUUAUUGUAAGUGUUUUAUGUUUAAAUUCCUACUGAGUGGUAUUUUGGUUUUCAUAGAUGCAGACUCAGAGGGCUGGUCCACUGCCUUUGUGAAGAAAUGGCUACAGACUGAUUUCAGCCCCACCUCUAUUGCUAAGAUGCUCUUCCCCCCUGAACACCCUGAACAAGCUGUAGUGGGUGGUACUGAAGAAGCCGUUCCUGUCUCGACAUCCAUGGAGCAGGUGGCACAGCAGCCUCCGUGCUACCCAGAGGAAGAGGAGGAGAUCUACAUCUCAGAGCAAAUGCAGGAAAUUACAGAUGCUCCUCCAUCCAUCCAGGUACCUGCUGAGGACCUGUGUGUAGAGCCCGGCCAACGAGCUACAUUUACCGCCAUCAUCACAGGACGACCUGCUCCCAACAUACAGUGGUAUAAGGAUGGAGAGGAGCUUGCAGCCAAUGAGAAUGUGGAGAUUGCGCAGCAUGGUGCCCGCUGUUCACUGACAAUAGUGUGCCCAGAGGGUGAGGACAGCGGCAUAUACACCUGCUUAGCCUACAGUGACUCUGGCCAUGACUCAUGCCACGCUGAGCUGACAGUGGAGGAAGGUCCUCUGGAGUGUCAGGAGAGAGAGGUGGAGCUGGGGAAGAGAAGGAAGUUAUUCUCUGUCUAUGAUGUCCAUGAGGAAAUUGGAAGGGGAACCUUCGGGGUGGUGAAGCGUGUAAUCCACAGACGAACAGGUGAAGUGUUUGCCGCCAAGUUUCUGCCUCUGCGGAGCAGCACUCGGACCAGGGCCUUCCAGGAGAGGGACCUGCUGUCCCGUCUGGCUCACCCCAGAGUAGCUUGUUUGCUGGACUUUUUUUGUACCAGACGCACUCUGGUGCUGAUCACAGAGAUCUGCUGUUGUCAUGGACUUCUGGACCAUUUAUUACUGAAAGGAUCCGUCCCAGAGAGAGAGGUUCAGUCAUACAUCCAGCAGAUCCUUGAAGGAGUCGGUCACAUUCACUGCAUGAACAUUCUGCAUCUGGACAUUAAACCUGAUAAUAUCCUGAUGGUGUAUCCACCCAGAGAUGAGAUCAAGAUCUGUGACUUUGGCUUCUGCCAAGAAAUAGACACAUCUAGACACCAGUAUAGCAUGUUCGGUACACCAGAGUUUAUUGCCCCUGAAAUCGUUCACCAAGAACCAGUCACUGUGGCCACUGAUAUUUGGUCUGUAGGUGUUAUAGCCUAUUUAUGUCUCAUGUGUCGAUGCCCUUUUGUGGGCGAGACGGACCGUGCUACACUGCUGAGGGUGGGAGAGGGGACCCUGAACUGGGAUGCCCCUGAUGUGAUGCGCAGGAGCCCUGAGGCCCAGAACUUUCUCCACAUGCUCCUGCAGCCAGAUCCAGAGAAACGACCAUCUGCCUUUGAGUGCUUGAGCCAUGAAUGGCUCCAGGAUGAACAUGCAGGAGAAGAUACUGAUGAAAUCAACACAAAGACUUUGAAAAUGUUCAUCUCGAAAAGGAAAUGGCAGCGCUCUUUGACCUGCAUUGGGUCAGUCCUCACAUUGAGGCAUAUCCCUGAGCUGCUGGACGCUCCUCUCAGAGAGACCGCAGUGACAGUGCCCCGCGAGCCUCAGGAACACAGCAGCACCUCUCCGAGCAGUGGCUCCUCGUCUGAGUAUGACGAAGCUGACUCUUGGGACUUUUUCCAGCACUACAGCCCGACUGAGGAGGAGGAGGAGGAAACCGAGGAGGACUAUGAUCCUUUAAUGGAGAGAGCGCAAAUCCCUGACUCUUUCGCCAAACUCCACCUGGAUGCAGAGGAGGAGGAGGAAGUAACAUUAGGGGAGGAAGAGGAUGGGGAGAUGGUAGGAAGAAGGAGUGUACUAGAGCGGAGUGUGAGCAGGCAGUCAGUUGCGUCAUCGGAUGUGUCGUCCCAACAGACUCCUCAGAGGGAGCGAAGGUUCAGCAAGGACAGUAAUCAAUCUCUCUACCUGUCUGAUGGGGACGAGGGUUCAGGGAGUGAUGGAGGUCGUAUUCCUCGUGGCAGCGUCAUCCGAAGCACUUUCUACAGCACCUCCCAUCAGCUUUCACCCAUGUCUGCCAGACACAUGACAUUACGGGACAAAUUCCAGGCCAAAAAGCAGGAGAGAGGCCGCAAACCACUCCGCAGAAGCUUUUCAGGACGUCUCAAUGAGCCACUUAUUGAAUAUGUGGAGGAUGAGACGGAGACAAAUCGUGGCCAGAGACGAGUAUCUGUCCAGCCCACGAUGCAGAAGUCCUGCUCCUUUGACAGUGGUGUUAGCCUCGCCCACACCAAUGCCCCCCCUCACAGGAGGAGCAGGUCUCUUGAUGAGUAUUCUAGACGAUCUCCCAGCUCACCCGAGCGCACAAAGUCAGGGGAAGAAGAAGGCUCUCAAAGUCUGAAGGAAGAUUUCACAGACGAUGAAGUGGCUGGAAGAAACUUGUUGGCUAUCCCGAGCCCUCGGCGACCCACAAGAAGAGGAGGUUCCGUCUCUCCAACACUGCCGAGUGGAUCUUCUGCUCCCACAAACGUCCUUGCUGGAGACAGAAUGAGCCCCAGGCUGGAUCAGGAGCAGGCAGCAGGUGACACCUUUGCUGGCUCCCAGGGGUCCCUGGCUGAGUCGUCUAUUUUGGAGCAUGAGGGUUCUGAGUCGUCAAGUCGACCUGGCUCCUACGAGGAGCUGAGUCAUGGCCAUCUCAGAGGGAGAUACAGAUCAGGAGAGAGUGAAGGGUAUGAUGAUCAGGGAGAGCCUCUGAUUUCAAAAUCCCCAUGUUCAUUCCAAGAAGUCAAACCCAGAAGCUCAUUUCCCCAAGCACCGCCGCGUAACCGCACCCGCUCCAACCCCAACCUGUCCACCAACAGCAGAGGUCAGCUGGGGACCCCACUAACAGCGAGCCCCUGUCCCAGCCUCUCCUCUCUGCAAGCUCCAGAGAGGCCUCCCAGAGCCAAGGACAAGAAAGGCGGUGGUGGCCUCCAGAGGCACGCAUCAGCUCCAGCCCUCGAAGCUCGGCCACCCACAGGAAGGUCGCCCAAGCUGGGACUGCUGAGGAUCUUCCGCAGGCAGUCCUGGACCGGCCACUCGUACUCCCAGCUGGACGAGGCAGAGUUAGGACCCACACUGGGGGAGAUCAUGAAGCCAGAUACUCCCACCAUGUCUCUGAGGAAGAAAAUGAGAGCUUCAGCCUCCAGCCUGACCAAGCUGUUCUCAAAGUCUUUUAGUAAGGAGGACGUGAGUAAAGGAGGGCCAAUAGUAAAGGGAGCACCUCCCAUCCCACCUGAAAGGCAUCGCAGCAGUGGUCUAGAGAGCCCAAAAAAGAGGACGUCCAAACUGUUGCCUUCACUUAAGAUACCUGCGUUCAGAAAGUCAAAAGAUCUGCUAGUUCGUCCCAACAAGGCUGAAGUUUUCCAGUUAGAUGGAGGUGGAGUCCUACUGGUUUGGAAACCAGUCCAGUCCAGUGACCCUGUCACUUAUUGUGUGCAGUAUUGUACAGAUGGUGGGGAGUGGACGGUCCUGUCAGAGGAGGUGACUGACAGCAGCUAUGUGGUGAAGGACUUACCCAGAGGAGCUUCUUACGUGUUCAGGAUCGGCAGCAUCACUAAGACAGGAGCAGGACCUUUCAGUGAUGCUUCAGCACCUGUUGCUAUGGCUACUCAGCCUGAGGAGACUCACAUUCCUCUGAUCCAGACUGAGUCACUGGGGUCAAAGGUCACUGGGUCAGAACAACAGACAGCUCAUAAGAACUUCAGUUUCCUCUCUGAGAUCAACAGGGGUCGUUUCAGCGUAAUUACCCUGUGCAGGGAUGUUGAGACCAGCCAGGUGUUUGCUGCCAAGAUCACCCCUUACCAGGCAGAGCAGAGACAGUUGGUGCUGAGGGAAUACCAGCUGCUGAAGAGGCUUCAUCACACUCACCUGGUGCAGCUGCACGCUGCCUUUUUCACCCCCCGCUACCUGGUGUUGGUGGAGGAGCUCUGUCCCGGCAAGGAGCUGCUCCACAGUCUGGCAAUGAGGGAUCUGUACGCAGAGAGUCAUGUUGGCGAGCUGCUGGUUCAGAUUCUGAGCGCAGUUGACUACCUCCACAGCCGUCGAGUCAUCCACCUGGACCUGAAGUCUGACAACAUGCUGGUGGAUGACUGUAACCACCUGAAGAUAGUUGACUUGGGCUCGGCUCUGUCCUACACACCCGGUCAGCCUCUCAUCGUUGAGCACAUCCACGGCCUGUCGGAGAGCAAAGACCGCCGCAGCAAAGUUUAUAUUGUCCUUCCUAAAGCUCCGGAAAUCCUGGAAGGUCAAGGUGUCGGGCCUGAAACGGACAUCUGGGCUAUUGGAGUUCUGUCCUUUAUCAUGUUGAGUGCCGACAGCCCGUUCCAUGCAGAGCACAGCUGGGAGCAGGACAAAAACAUCAAGAAAGGGAAGAUCCAGUUUGGACGCUGUUACCCUGGUCUGUCAGAGGGAGCCUUGAACUUCAUGAAGAGCAGCCUGAAUAACAAAUCCUGGGGAAGACCCACUGCAGCCGAGUGUCUCCAGAACCCAUGGCUGCGUGCCCAUCGUGCCCCACACAAAGCCCGGCACUCCAAAGUGUGUUUCUCUACAGACAAGCUCAAAGAUUACCUCAAACAGAAGGAGGAGAAACGAGACCAGGUCAGCACCAAGCUUCAGGGUCCCUUCUUCCAGUAAGGCAACACUGUGGCGUUUCUUUCACCGCUAGCUUUUCCUACAAGCUCUACAAUCAGCUCUGGCUCUUUUCUGUUUUUUCUGGUUCCUUUGAUUUUAAAAAUGUGAUGCGUCUUAAUGAGUUUUCAAAGUGUUUCAAAGUGUAUUUAUCUAUUAGCUUGUAUAUGUGAGUGUUCUGCAUUUUUAAGGUUUAGUCUCUUUAGUGUGUGAGUUGUAAAAUGUUGAUUUUAUGACAUGCUCCUCAGUAUCAGACAGAUGCAUGUGUUUGGCCUUAAAGUAAAACCAGUGUUUUGUGCUACUCUUCUUCAUACAGACAGCAGAUAUUUUCCUGAGUGAUAUAUUUUAUUUAAAAAUGUACACAUGUUGCCUUAAAGUUAUAAUGUACAAAUGGAAAAUCAGUUAGAUUUAUAUGUGUUAUUGAAUGCUUCAUGAUACUUAAAUGUUGGGAUAGCCACCUAUCCGAAUGAGCUGAUGAAUGAAAGAAUAAUUAAAUGGCACAAACAUG